UAAAAUGAUGCGGAUUUUCAUACCUACGGCGGAAUUCUCUCUACCUGUAAUUGUCCUCCUGCUAUUCUCACUACUGACGUAUGCCCCUUGUACGGCUCCAUUCAUCGUGUCGAUGCAACAAUACUGCAACAAUGGGAUGCAAUUCAGUGCAGUACGGUUGACCUUGCAUCUAUUCGAAGCGUGGAUGGUUUGGCAUAUCCUGAUGGCUGGAGGGACCUGGAUCAUCUACGCAUUUCUUACCGGAGUCGUGGCCAUAUUGAGCAUCGUCGGGAUCCUGGAGGGGAAAAUCAAGACAAUCCAAACCGAAGCGAAUAUGAACUCCUGCAUAAAAUUUUACCAGCGCAUCCAAAUCCUGCAAACGUUAAUGAAUUCCUUCCUCCGUGACCGAUUGCUUCCAGUGAUGAUGCUCUUCGUCCCAGGGAUCCAGGUAAUCGCGCAGUACGUGACGAUCGAUCACCACUCGGACAUCACGAUGCCUGGCUUUCUGAUCUUUCCCCUUAUCGGGCUGAAUUGUGGGGCGAACAAUGUGCUCGCCUUCACGUUGGCGUCAUUCGUUAACUCAGGGUCGGAAAAGGUCAUGGCGACCUUGAGGAAAAAAUCGAGCCAGUUAAGGGGGAAGAAAGCCUUGAUGAAACGACAACUUCGAGGCUGUACCGCCCUCCAGGUAAAAUUUGGGUCGAACUAUAUCGAUCGCGGGACUCCAUUGGUCGUGCAGACAUUCUGCAUCAAUCAGACUGCAUCGCUCACAUUAAUUAAGGAGGGAAAAUCAAUUCGAUAUUAACAAAGUGUGUCUGUUAAAUUUAGAAACAUAAAUACUUUGUAGAAUAAUUUUCGGAAGAUAUGGAUGUAAUUAUUCAAAUAAUAUUCAUUACGUUAAGCUUCGACGUAAAACUCAUAUCGAUAUCAGGAAUAUGAAACACUACGUAUUAUGUAGAUAAAUAGGUCAGACUGGGAAGAUUCAACGUUAAUUAAAGAGUCCUAUGAUUUAUUUUCCAGAGUUAAUGAAUUUUUAAUUGGCGUGACAUUUAUCAUUUGCUUGCAAAUCAAGCAGAUUCGAGUUUGAUAUGGAACAUCGUGAUGAUAAUAUUAAUUAAGGGACAUGAUUAAGUAAAUAAGUAUGACGGGCAGGGACACAGGUUUGUAAAAUUUUAGUUUCUAUAAAAACGGUGCAAAAUUUUCAAAAUAUUUUUAUGUAGGCAAUGUACCUUUUUUAAAUAUUUGGUUAAUAUAUGCAUGUGUAUGUAGAUACGCUGGCAUGUAUGUGCGUAUAUGUGAUAUUGUACUAUAUAUGUAUGCUCAUAUAUUUAUGUACAUAAUGAAGAAUAUAAUCAACUGUAGCGCAAUCCCAUGCCUGACAUUAAUAUAUAAUUGCACACAUUAAUUCAUCAACAACUCACUACUCCAAUUAUGCAAGUGUUUCUUCACUUACCAGGCUGGUAGUAAUGUUACACACAAAGUUGACAGUUUGUUAUCGAGUUUAGUUCAUUCUGAUUGGUAAUUUGAUUUAGAAACAAGUUCGGCUAUCGUGGAUAUUUGAGAAUGAAUUAUUACGAGAUGCUAACGUAGGGUAUUUUUG